AUGAAACUACCCAAGGGGGUCAGGAACCCUGUGUUCUAUGGGCAGCAGCCAGAGAAGAAGGUGCAGGUGCCCUCAGGGCAGGAGAUAAAGCAGACCCCUGUUGUCCUGGCAACACUUAAAGGUCCAGGGCCUGCUAAAUACCUCCGGCCAUCCUGCACGGGCUACGUAGACCAUGACGUCUCCAUGUUCCAGGAGCCAGCCUACACCCUGCACACCCUGCAUUCGGAGAAGCGGAUCAUGGACAUAUGCAACCCUGGGCCUUGCUAUUUCUUGGAUCCUAAAAUAACUCGGUUUGGAAUGUCCAGCUGCCCUCAGGUUCCCAUGGCGGAGCGCAUCUCUAACCUGCGCCUGAGCCCCACCCUGGCCUCCUGCCAUUACCACCUGGAGAAGACCCACCCGCCUGGGGAGCGCAGGGCUCCCAAGUACACCUUUGGCUACCGGUGCCCAUACAGAGUGAUGGACCCCAACCCGGGCCCCAACCACUACCAGCUGCCACUCCUGCUGGGGCCCAACCUGCCCGCCAACAGAGCUGCUCCUUGCUACAGCCUGAGCCCCUUGCACAAGAACUGGUUCUACAAGGAGGAUGUGGCAGGAGGCCCUGGACCUGCCAUGCACGCCCGGCCUGAGCCAUCUGUCUACCAGAACCGCAGCCCCAUGUACAGCAUGGCCAGGCGCUUUGCCUACCCGCUGGACCACACACCUCGGCCCGGCCCCGGCUCCCAUGACGUCCAGCAGGUCACGGUGCACAAGUCCCGCACGCCUGCUUUCACCAUGGGCAUCAAGCACUCGCCCCACCUGUGCCCACUGGUUGUUGACAUUCAUGACUGA